AGAUGCAUUACAUGAAUUUUGAUAAAAAAAUUUAGAAAAUAACACUCAAAAAUAUUAUUUUUUUCAACGGCCGAGAUCAUCCUUGCCUUCAAAAAUUGGAUGGCUAGAAAAAGCCCUCAAAUACAAACACUUAUCGACUAACAACGGUCCAAAACCAUCCACGUGUCCCGUCUGUAGUCGUUAUAAACACAUCAAUCCUACGGACUCAACUCAUUCGCUCCCAAAUUCUCUCUCGCGCACCAAAUUCAAUGGAAGACUCCGGCAACGACUCCGGAGGAGGUAACCCGACGGCGAAUUCUGGCGAUCUAUCGUCACCACGAGAGCAAGACCGGCUACUUCCAAUCGCAAACGUGAGCAGGAUCAUGAAGAAGGCACUCCCAGCGAACGCGAAGAUAUCAAAGGACGCUAAAGAGACAGUACAGGAGUGUGUGUCGGAAUUCAUAAGCUUCGUCACCGGAGAAGCCUCCGACAAGUGCCAGAGAGAGAAGAGGAAGACGAUCAACGGAGAUGAUUUACUGUGGGCCAUGACAACACUCGGAUUCGAGGAAUACGUGGAGCCUCUCAAGGUUUACUUGCAGAGGUUUAGGGAAAUGGAAGGAGAGAGAACCGCUGCGGGGGUGCGCGAGAGGGACACGCAGGAAGAGAUCGGCGGCGGCGGUGGUGGGGUGGGGAGUGUUGAUGUGAAUGGCAGUGGUGUUGGGAUGGUGGGGUAUCUUUAUGGUUCUGGUUCUGGCGGGUUUCAUCAAAUGGGCGGGCCUGGUCAUAUUGGGCCUGUAGCUAAUAUGGUUCGGCCCAGAUAAAUCAUCACUAUGGGCUGGAUCAGGGAUCUGUAGUCCUGUCUUUGUGCUGGGCCUUUAGACUGUGAUCUUGAACCAAAUCGACAUAGCCCUUUUUAGCCAUUGGAUAGGAAUGUGAAUGUGUAUAGUGUGCAUGUAAACAUUUUCGAAGUCUUAGGUUCUAUAUGGUUCAAGUUUUAGUGUACAUUCAUUUGAUUGUUAAUGUCAACUUUCUUCUGUGAUUAUUGUCAAAUUGAAAACAAAUAUACUCUCUUUUUAUC